CUUGAACUGCUCCCGCUGGGCAGCGAGCAUGUUAUCGUUGCUCUGGCUGACACUCAAACGACGGAGCUGUGCGCCAGAUGGCUGUUCAGCUGGAUUCUGGCUGUUUGCUGCUUUUUGUGCAAUGUCACCUGGGAUGGCAGUUGCGAUCUCUGCAUUUGCUUCUUCCUUGCUGGUGCUCAUGAUUGAUGUAGAUUGAGUAGAUGGGGGAAAUGGUGUGUUAUCUCAGUUUGACAGCUGCCGUAG